AAAUAGACGAGCUUACUCUUCCAUUAUUUUAAAUUUUAAAAACCACUGUAGCAAAUAGCAAUAGCAAAAAUAAUUCAAACUCAUCCUUACCUCACCAAUUGUUUGUUCCUCAGUUGUCACUCCUCCCCCGCUUGCUUUUCUGUAGUUCUUCUUUGUCUUAAAGAAGAAGAAAUGAAGUUUCACAUACAUAGACAAUGAUAGUAGUAAUAAAAGUUAGCUAGCCGAGUCAACAAAAGCAGUGAAGCUUCUCUCUCACUACCAUUUUACUUCAAAGCAAAAUUCAAAAUCAAAUCCAUUUACAUUAUUGUUUCAUUCUUCUUCAAUCUUCAUCCAUACAAAUGUCUGUAACACAAAUGCAUCCGCAAGCGCGUCUACAUUGUUAAUGGCAUCAUCAUUAUCAUCAUCGUCAUCGAGAGGGCGAAGUAAUUCACCAUUUCACUACCAUAAACCUUCAACUCCUUACUCAUCAUCAUCUUCAUCUUCAUCUUCAUCAUCCAUCAUGAACAACGGUCGAAUGCUUCCACGAUCAUAUUCCUCAUCAAUGACUUCAUUUUAUGGCUCUGGAAAUAGCUACAAUUCCAGAUCCAUGACUCCAAGUCACAGUCGUUCCGAUUCGGUGUACUCACAAGGUUACGAAAAUCGGACCCCGGUUAGUUACCCAUCGGAAGAAGAGAUGAUUGAUGAACCACCUGAAAUGUCUAGAUCCGGUGAUAGUAUUUCUGUUACUGUUAGGUUUCGGCCAAUGAGUGAACGAGAGUAUCAGAAGGGCGAUGAAAUUGCGUGGUAUGCCGAUGGUGGUAAAACUGUGCGGAACGAGUAUAAUCCAGCUACAGCCUAUGCAUUUGAUAGAGUGUUUGGACCUCAAACAAGUACUCAGGAUGUUUAUGAAGUAGCGGCUCAACCUGUGGUUAAGGCUGCAAUGGAAGGCAUACAUGGCACAGUAUUUGCUUACGGAGUCACAAGUAGUGGAAAAACACACACUAUGCAUGGAGAUCACAGUUCUCCAGGCAUAAUUCCUUUGGCAAUAAAGGAUGUUUUUAGCAUCAUUCAAGAUACUCCUGGACGGGAAUUCUUACUUCGGGUGUCGUAUAUUGAAAUCUACAAUGAGGUUAUCAAUGAUUUGCUGGACCCUACUGGCCAGAAUUUGCGUGUCAGGGAAGAUGCACAGGGUACUUAUGUUGAGGGUAUAAAGGAGGAAGUUGUUUUGUCACCCGGCCAUGCUCUUUCGUUCAUUGCUGCUGGGGAAGAGCACCGUCAUGUUGGUUCAAAUAAUUUCAAUUUGUUCAGCAGCCGCAGUCACACAAUAUUUUCUUUGAUGAUUGAAAGUAGUGCCCAUGGUGAUGAGUAUGAUGGAGUGAUCUUCUCACAGCUCAACCUGAUUGAUUUAGCAGGGUCUGAGAGCUCUAAAACUGAAACAACAGGAUUACGGAGAAAAGAAGGAUCAUACAUAAACAAAAGUCUGCUCACACUAGGAACUGUCAUUGGAAAACUAAGUGAAGGGAAGGCAUGUCAUGUUCCUUAUCGGGACUCUAAACUUACUCGUCUACUCCAAUCAUCGCUGAGUGGACAUGGACAUGUUUCUCUCAUAUGUACUGUUACUCCUGCUUCAAGCAAUAUGGAGGAAACACAUAAUACAUUAAAGUUCGCAAGUAGGGCUAAACGUGUUGAAAUUUUUGCAUCACGCAACCAGAUAAUUGAUGAGAAGUCUCUGAUUAAGAAAUAUCAGAGGGAAAUAUCAUUUCUGAAACAAGAGCUUGAUCAGCUAAGAAGGGGGAUGCUUGUAGGUGUCAAUCAUGAAGAAGUUCUGAACUUGAGACAGCAGUUGGAAGAGGGACAAGUGAAAAUGCAAUCAAGAUUAGAAGAGGAAGAGGAAGAGAAGGCAGCUCUACUUAGUCGGAUACAGAGGCUAACUAAACUGAUCCUUGUUUCUUCAAAGAAUUCAAUUCCAGGUUAUUUGGGUGAUGUUGCUGCUCAACAAAGGAGUCCUGCUUCUGAAGAUGAUAAAAUGGACAGUUCUAUGGUCACAGAUAGCGAGAAUCAGAAAGACCCUUCGUCAGAUAGUUCUGAUUUAAAACACAAAAGAUCCUCUAGCAAGUUGAAUGAUGAUAUAUCACAGGCUGGAAGUGCAGUUACUGAAUUGAUGGAGAUGGGUGAACUUCUCGGUGGUUCUUCCUGUGGUUCAAAGCUGCCCAUAGAAGGUAUCUCAAUGUCAGAUGAAAUGGACCUCCUGGCUGAGCAAGUUAAGAUGCUUAGCGGAGAGAUUGCAUUCAGCAGUAGUACAUUGAAGCGGUUGAUGGAGCAAUCUGAAAAUGAUCCCGAGAGUUCAAAAAAUCAAAUUGAAAAUUUAGAGCGUGAAAUCCAAGAAAAGAGAAAUCAAAUGAGGAUCCUGGAACAACGCAUUGUUGAAAACGGUGAAGCAUCAGUUUCUAAAGCAUCAUUAGUUGAAAUGCAGCAGACUCUGAUGAAAUUGAUGACACAGUAUAGUCAGACGGGCUUUGAGCUUGAGAUAAAAUCAGCGGACAAUCGGAUUCUUCAGGAGGAGCUGCAAAACAAGUGUUCAGAGAACAAGGAACUGCAGGAAAAGAUAUAUCAUCUUGAGCAGCAGCUGGUUGCCGUCAAGGCUAAAAAGUCAUACCCAUCAUCGGAACAACGUGUAUCUGCCGAAUAUGUUGAUGAACUUAGAAAGAAAAUUCAGACCCAGGAUAUUGAGAAUGGUAAAUUAAAGCUAGAACAUGUCCAGAUCGUAGAAGAAAAUAGUGGGUUACAUGUACAGAACCAGAAGUUGUCCGAGGAAGCGUUGUAUGCAAAAGAAUUAGCAUCUGCUGCGGCUGUUGAACUUAAAAACUUAGCUGGUGAAGUCACAAAGCUCUCGAUACAGAACACAAAACUAGAGAAGGAGUUGUUGGCUGCUCGAGAGAUGUUGAAUUCUCAAAGUUCUGUUGCACAAAUUGGUAAUGUUGGAAGCCGAAAGCAUGGUGAAAACCUACGACCAGGGUGUAGAGGAGGUCGCAACUCGGCCAGAGGAAGUGAAAUUUCGGGAGCAAUUCAUGAUGACUUUGACACAUGGGCCCUAGAUCCUGAAAAUUUGAAGAUGGAGUUGCAGGCCAGAAAACAGUGGGAGGCAGCUCUGGAGGCUGUCUUGGCUGAGAAGGAAGUUGUGGAAGAUGAGUACAGGAAAAAGGUUGAAGAGGGAAAGAAAAGGGAGGCAGCCUUGGAAAAUGAUUUAGCAAAUAUGUGGGUGCUUGUUGCUCAGCUGAAGAAAGACUCUGGUGCUAGGCAAGAUUCAAAGCUGGCAGCUGAAAGGCAGAAUGUAGAAAAUAGUCUGAAUAAUGUUAAAAUCAAUGAUAUCAACCACAAGGAGCCUAUCUUGGCUGAUAGCCUAGCUGUGAAUCAUACAAAUGCCAUUGCUGAGGCUCCCAAGCAAGAACCACUUGUUGCCCGCUUGAAGGCCCGAAUGCAGGAGAUGAAGGAAAAGGAACAUAGGUACUCGGGAAACGGUGAUGCAAAUUCACAUGUAUGUAAAGUGUGUUUUGAAUCACCCACUGCUGCAAUGCUUCUUCCAUGCCGCCAUUUUUGCUUGUGCAAGUCUUGUUCCCUUGCUUGCUUCGAGUGUCCCAUUUGUCGGACAAAAAUUGUGGAUAGGAUUUUUGCUUUUACUUGAUAUUGUUUUUUGAGCUCAUGAUUAUGGUGAAGAGAAAGGAUAUCAUUGUCUACUCAUCAUUUCAGCGACAUUCUUUAAUUAGUUCACCCCUAUAUGUUGUAACCUUAUAAUGAUAUAUCAUUUAUCCCUGUUACUUCACAAACUGUAAAAUAAGACCCGACAAAGAACUGGAGGAAAGAAAGAGGAGAGGAUGUAAAUGAGUGUAAAAUCUGAAGGUUCCAGGGAGUUGCUGUGGCAUAUUUAUUUUGAUUUCUUAACCUUCAGCUCCACUGUAUAGAACAAUACAAACUACCAUAUAGUGUUCGUCUGUAUAUCUUUUCUUGGAAAAUGGUUAAAGUUUUUGGAUCUCUUUUUACUUUUCA